AUGGCUGCUACUUUGAGAUUAUAUUCUUUCCCCUAUACUUUUGCACUAAUAUGUUCCUUUCAUCUCUUCGUGGUUUCCUUCACAGAAGCCAGUAAUGGUGGUUUCACUGUUGAUCUCAUGCAGCGUGAUUACAAUCAAUCCUAUACCUAUUAUGAUCGCUUGCACAAUGCUUUUCAUCGUUCCAUUUCACGUGUCAAUUGUUUCAAGCCAAGCUCAAAUAUUCAAUCCAUAAUAAUAGCCAGUGAUGGAGAAUAUCUCAUGAACAGUAUAGCCGAUAGCGGCAGUGAUCUGACGUGGACACAGUGUAAGCCAUGUGAGAAAUGCUACAAGCAAAACUCCUCUCUCUUUGAUCCUGACCAAUCCUCAACAUACAGUACCGUAGGAUGCAAGUCUGGUCCUUGCACUGCGUUAGAGACAACUUCCUACAGCAGUGGCGCCUGCAAGUACAGACAACUUCCUACAGCAGUGGCGCCUGCAAGUACAGUUAUUCUUAUGGAGACCUCUCGUUCACUUGUGGCGAUCUUGCUGACGAAACCUGCAAAUGAACGGGCCACAUUCUAUUACCUUACUCUUGAAGCCAUUAGCUUUGGAAACAAGAGGUUUGCUGUGUACAAGGGCUCCUCUGCUGAAGAGGGUAACAUUAUUAUCAACGCCGGGAUGGCGUUGACCUUUCUUCCACCUGAACUGCAUGCUGAUUUGGUAAUGGCAUUAGAGGCAGCCAUUGAUGCUGCAGUUGUUAGUGAUCCGAGGAAUGUUCUUAGUCUUUGCUUCAGAUCUGAAGGUGAUGAGAUUGUUGUACCCCAUUAUCACAGCCCAUUUUUAGAGGUGCUGAUGUGUAAGCUGCAGCCUGCAGCCAUUCAAAAAGUUUGUAAGAGUGGAGGAUGA